AAUUCCAAAAUCAGUUAGAAAAAAAAAAUGGUUUCUUCAACCUUUCUUCCAUCAACACAAUUUCUCAGCUCAAACCCUAGAUUAUCCGUACAGCGAACUUCUCAAUCUCCGACCACCACCGUCAAUUUCCGGCGAACCCAUCUUAUCUCCGCCUCCUGCGCCACCGUCGAGAGAAGUUCCGUCUCGUCGCCGUCGUCUUCGCUUUACGAAGUUCUCGGGAUCCAAUCUGGCGCCACUUGUCAGGAAAUUAAGACGGCUUACAGGCGGUUGGCCAGAGUUGUCCACCCAGAUGUGACGGCGGCGGACGGCGGCGGACGUACGGCCGAUGAGUUUAUCAAGAUUCAUACUGCUUAUUCUACAUUGUCUGAUCCGGAAAAACGAGCUGUUUACGAUGGUUCUUUGUUUCUUGAUCGGAUGAGAGGUUUCUCGGUGGGUUCUUACGGUGGCAGUGUUCAAACGACGGCGGCGUCUAGAUUUUCCGGCGGUGGUGCUCCUAGAAGAAAUUGGGAAACAGAUCAAUGCUGGUAGACAAAGCCGAGUUAAAAUUUGAUUUGAAAUUUACUCGGGCUAUAAUGAUAAUAAUAUCAAACAAAUCGUAGGUUAGCGACAGGAAAGUGAUCAAUAACUACGGUUUUAUUGAUAACCGGAUAGAUCUACGUAAAUUAAUUAGAUUGAUUGUAGAUAAUUAGCGUCUGAUGCGUGUAUAUAUAGUUACUUGGAAGGUUUCAAAUUCAUAUUAUAUGAAUUUGUGUGCAAAAUCAGACGUUUUUUUUCAUGUCUGGAAAUUCUAAUUUCUAAUACUAAAGUUGUAUUUGGGUAUGUAUCA